CCAUUAUUCAUUAACCAACGGCCCGCCGGAUAAAACCCAGCCUUUUACUAAAGGUUUUCUCGUCACCGUCGCAUUGUCGACCGAUCAGUCAGCCGGCGGUGAAAAUGGCGUCUCGUCUGGUGACUCUGUUCUUCCUCCUCCUUCUCACCGCCUCACUUCCCGUCCUCUCCCUCUCUUUCUCCCAAUUCAAAUCCCUAUUUUCGCGCGCGCAUUCCCUUAUGUCUCGCGUCGCCGAUCUCCGUGCCUCCCGCGGCGACUUCUCCGGCUCGCAACGGGCCAGGGUCAUCGCUAACAAGCUCGAACGAGGCUUCGGAGGAUUCGGUUUCUUAGCGUCAAUGUGGUCGCUAGCUUGGGACUACGCCAAGAACUACGCAUGGAGAGAUCUCGCCUUUUCGGAACUCUACGACGCCAUUCCCGACAUGAACGAAUUGCUUAGGGCGUUGGCUGAGUUAACCGGGUUGGAAUCGGACACGGCGAGGGCAAGGUGGGUGUCGCGGAAUUACCAAUCUCUCUUCAGAUUAUGCAAUUCGAUCUUGCAGAGGCUUCUCAAGGUGUUUUGGAAAUCGGGGGCUUGGAGGGAUGUGGUGGAGACAAUUCGAAUGGAGGUGAUGGAUGGUGGAUUGCUGAAGGAUUGUUUGGAGCUGGGAAGUGGCGAUUUGAGAGGAAUGAUUCAGAUUUUGAAGGAUUUGGCUUUGAAUUUUCAUUCCUCCUUUGGGCGCAGGAAUGAACUGUGAGGAUCAAGAAUUCUAGAACUUUGGGAUUGUUUUCAUGUCCUAUGUUGUUGUUGUUUUUUCUUUUACACACUUUGUAUAUUACCAUAAACUAGUCCAACUCCGUUCUUCUCAUGAUCUGAACACAUUAGUUUGUUUA